GUUAGGGUUUCUACCACAUACAGAGCUGACCCCAGUCCAAGCUGCCGCAGACCAUCUUCUUGAUCAUCUCCUCCUCUUCAUAGAAAUUAUCUACAAUGUCGGACGGUCAAGAAACUGAUAAGAAUAUAGAGAUAUGGAAGAUUAAGAAGCUAAUCAAGGCAUUGGAAGCUGCAAGAGGCAAUGGUACAAGCAUGAUUUCUCUUAUUAUGCCUCCACGGGAUCAAAUUUCUCGAGUCACCAAGAUGCUUGGCGAUGAAUUUGGAACUGCUUCAAAUAUUAAGAGCAGGGUGAAUCGCCAGUCUGUUUUAGGUGCUAUAACAUCCGCCCAGCAGAGACUCAAGCUAUACAACAAGGUUCCUCCAAAUGGGCUUGUGCUUUAUACUGGAACCAUAGUCACCGAUGACGGAAAGGAGAAAAAGGUUACAAUUGACUUUGAACCCUUCAAGCCAAUUAAUGCUUCUCUUUACCUAUGUGACAACAAGUUUCAUACCGAAGCUCUUAAUGAACUUUUGGAAUCUGACGAUAAGUUCGGUUUCAUUGUUAUGGACGGUAAUGGAACCCUUUUUGGGACAUUGAGUGGCAACACGAGGGAGGUGCUACACAAAUUCACGGUUGAUUUGCCGAAGAAGCACGGACGAGGAGGGCAGUCAGCCCUGCGAUUUGCACGUCUUCGAAUGGAAAAGCGUCACAAUUAUGUGAGGAAGACAGCUGAACUUGCAACACAGUUUUAUAUCAAUCCUGCCACUAGUCAGCCGAAUGUUUCUGGACUUAUACUUGCUGGAUCUGCUGAUUUUAAGACUGAGCUGAGCCAAUCUGAUAUGUUUGAUCCUCGUCUUCAGGCUAAAAUUUUGAAUGUGGUUGAUGUUUCCUAUGGAGGUGAGAAUGGUUUCAAUCAGGCUAUUGAACUGUCCUCCGAAAUCCUUGCCAAUGUGAAGUUUAUACAAGAAAAGCGUUUGAUUGGCAAGUAUUUCGAGGAGAUCAGUCAGGAUACUGGUAAGUAUGUAUUUGGUGUGGAUGACACUUUGAAAGCCUUGGAGAUGGGUGCUGUUGAGAUUCUCAUUGUGUGGGAAAAUCUGGACAUCAAUCGAUAUGUGCUUAAAAAUAGCACUACAAGUGAAAUCACCAUAGCUCACUUUAACAAGGACCAGGAGGCUGAUCAGAGUAACUUCCGAGACUCUGCCACUAAUGCUGAGUUGGAAGUUCAGGAAAAGACGUCGUUGCUCGAGUGGUUUGCUAACGAGUACAAGAAAUUUGGAUGCACGCUCGAGUUUGUGACGAACAAAUCUCAAGAGGGAUCGCAGUUUUGUAGGGGUUUUGGUGGCAUUGGUGGGAUACUUCGCUACCAGCUUGACAUUCGAUCAUUUGAUGAUCUUUCUGAUGAUGGGGAAAAUUAUGAAUCAGAAUAGCAAUCAACCACUUGUUACAUGCCGGUGCAGGGGAAUGGGGCCGAGAGCCAGCACCGGGGCACUUUUUAAGCAUCUUAUCGACCUCCGUGUUCAAGGAAAUCUCACAAAGUUGGAAUAAGUUGCGUGGACAUUCCCCUGGAACUUGAAGCGGUUGCACAAGAGCAAUUUCAACAUGUUUUUAACCGUAUACGCUUGUUGCUUGAUUGUGGAUUGGAUUUUUCGCGACAUAGUUUGAUAUUGACUCGUAGAUUUGUAAGAACCUUCUUUACUUUUUGUUGCUUUCAAUAUCCGUGGCUUGAGAACUUGCUCAGCAAAUGCUUGAAUCUUGAGGUGAGAUUAUAUGGAUAGACCAAAAUUUCAAGAACGCUUUCAUUUUGGUUG